AUGAGUAUGAGUUCUCGUCCUGAAGUGGAAGUUCACGUCACCAACGGAAGGAAACUCUCUCCAUCAGAACCAAACUCAGUCAUCAUACGCCUCAAAACCAAAUCUGUAGAGAUCAUUAUUGAAAACCAAACAACCGGUCGCCAAAACCGCCGGACUCAGGUUUCACCACCUUUUCUCAUCGAUAUCAAUCUCCGUAGCUCUAGUCACGACCACAUCCGAACGCUUCUCCACGAUCGAUUAGUCGGCUACCCCUUUGAGAGUUACUUGUGCGAUGACUUAGCCCCAAAGAUCUCAACGGCUGCAAUAGACUUAGGUUUUGGGCACAACGGCUUUACCUUGACCAUGGCCGCUACAGUUACUUACCGGACCGUCUCAGUUAUGUCAAACGACGAGAAAUCAUUGAGGAUGGUUCUGCUAGGGAGAAUGAAAGCAGAGGAAUUCAAGAGUUUGAAGAUGGAAACAGAGCCGUGUUCCAUAUGUCUCGAGAGUCUAGUCUCCGGUCCGAAACCUAGGGACGUCACACGCAUGACUUGUUCUCAUGUCUUCCACAAUGGCUGUCUUUUGGAGUGGCUCAAGCGUAAGAACACUUGUCCCCUGUGUCGUACUGAGAUCUACGAUUGA